AUGUCGACUGAAGAGAUGAAGGCCGCCAGCCCCGCCGCGACAGCAGAUCCAGCCAAGGACCUCAAGGUUGUAGAAGACGGUAUAGUCACGACGACAUCGCUGGGCGAGACGCGCCGCGUGUCCGCCAGUGUCGCCAUCGAUCCGGCCGCUGAGCGGCGCCUGGUGCGUAAAUUCGACCUGCGCAUCCUCCCUCCUCUAGCCGUCAUGUACCUCUUCAACUCGCUGGACAAGUCGAAUCUGGGCAACGCGAAGACGGCCCAUCUGGAAGAGACGCUGCACCUCACCGGCGAUGACUACAACAUCAUUUUGUCUGUCUUCGUGCCGUACGUCCUCACCGCCCCGUUCCUCGGCGUUGCUGGGAAGAAGUAUGGCCCCAGCAGAGUCCUGCCUAUCAUGAUGAUGAGUUUCGGUUUCUUCAGCUUGAUGGUUGUUGCCGUCUACAAUUUCGGCGGCUUGCUUGCUCUACGGUGGUUUCUGGGCAUGGCAGAAAGUGCUUUUUUCCCACUCGUCAUCUUUUAUCAAACGACCUUCUACCGGCGUGGCGAACUGGCUCGUCGGCUUGCAAUCUUCUACGCCGCCUCGUCCAUCGCUUCCGCGUUCGGCGGCCUCCUUUCGUUUGGCGUCUUCCAAAUCAAAUCGGGCAGUCUGGCUCGGUGGAGGUAUCUCUUCGUUAUCGAGGGUGGCUGCACGAUGCUCUUCGCCAUCUUCGCAUUCUGGUAUCUGCCAUACGAUGCACAGAGUGCCAAGUUCCUCACACCCGAGGAGAAGGAGCUCGCGUUCUACCGAAUCCAGGUCGAUUCGUCCUCAGUCGUGGGAGAAAAAUUCAAUCUCAGAUCCGCCCUUGCUAUAUUCAAGCAUCCCACUAGUUGGAUCAUCCUCGGGAUUGAAAUCUGCCUGGGCGUCCCACUCCAGUCGGUGUCCUUGUUCCUACCCGUCAUCGUCUCACGACUAGGCUAUUCCACCGUCAAGACGAACCUUUACACUGUCGCGCCUAACAUCUCCGGCGCGGUAAUGCUAAUCCUCUUGGCAUUUGCUUCUGACUACACCCGCCUCCGCUUCCCCUUUGUGGCUAUGGGCUUCGCCUUCACUUGCAUCGGCUUCAUCAUCUAUGCGGCGGUCGACGUCCACACUCAGCUUCACGUGGCUUACUUUGCCUGCUUCAUGAUGACAUGGGGCACCAGCGCCCCGAGCGUCAUCCUCGACGUGUGGUACAACAAUAACAUCGCGGACGAGAACAAGCGGAUGAUGCUGACGGCCAUUGGCGUCCCCUUCGCCAACAUGAUGGGCGUGGUGUCGAGCAAUAUCUUCCAGAACAAGGAUGCUCCCAAGUACAUGCCUGCCCUGUUAACGACAGCAAUCUUCGGAGCAUGCGGGUGUCUCCUCACCUUGUUGCUGGGCGCAUGGAUGAUCAUCGACAAUAAGAGGAGGGAUUCCCGAGACGGUCGCAAAAUCAAAGCCAAGGAUAUUCCCUCGGAACUCCUCGCCGCAGGACCCGCUAGUCCGGAAUAUCGAUGGUUUUUGUGA